AUGCUUGCGCCGCCGCGUCCCCCACUUGGUCCUAUGGAUCCAUCGCGACGCGAUAUUCGAAUACCCGGGCGGAUAUCUACUCGCCAAUAUGCCAUGCCUGCUGCCGAACAAUUCCCUCAAGGUUUUUCGAGGUCAAGAGGUGGUGGAUUGAGUUAUUCCGAACACGAGUUACUGCGGCAGCGAAAGACUCCCCAUGGGACUGUAUAUGAGAAGGACUAUCAUACCGUCGACAAAAAUGUUCAGGUUCCUGCCUCGAAACAUGUACUUUUGUCAUCAUCGCCGAACCUACCUCGACACAGCCCGGCUUAUCACUAUGCAUUACCGCCUCCGCAGCCCCCAAUGGACCACUACCCGAAUCACUUGGGCGCAGACCCGGUUCUUCUCCCGUCUUCGUCUCAAUUUCAGCCCCCGGCGUGGGACUUUCCGGGUGGACUGGACUCGGUGUUGAAUCAGAGCCUACCAACCCAGCGAUAUUACCUGCAACCGGGCUCCCGAAUACCAACAGUUCUGCCGUCGACUCUCCAUUCUUACCUUGGUCCUACCGCCUCGGCCGGACAGGAACACUACGGCCCAUACUGGCCAGAUGGAACCUUUAAUCCUUAUCGACCGGCGUCAAUACGAGAUGACCGAUUCUAUGGGCCCAGGCUACAUCAGCAGUCUGGAUAUUUUUCGCAGGCGCUGCCUCAUCCCACGCCGUCCCUGAGAAAACCUGGCCGCUUUCCGUCAGAUUUCAUUACUCAAUCGCAAAAUUCGAUGCACUACCAGCCACCUGCAUACCAUCUUAAUUAUCAUCAACAUUUCCAAGCGCCGCAUUCGUUUAACUUAGAUCCCUCGCUAGGGUAUGGAGGUCAUCAAAGUAUUCCCAAGCUCCCACAACAAAGUCCUUACGAGGAAGCUGCUGGGUAUUUACACGAAUUUCCCAUCGAUACACCUGGUCUUACACCAACCGCUGAGUCCGAGACAAUAGCUUUCCGGGACAAGACUUUCACCUGGGCAAAUCGGAUAUACACUGAGCUACUGGCCGUGAUUCAGAAGAAUGCUCGAGACUCGCAUCAGUCGGGGCCUGCUAACAGCUUGGCCAAGUCGAAUAAUAAGCUGACAAUUUAUCCCAAGCCACCGAAGCGGUCGGGCUCGCACUUUUCCGAUAGCAUAGCAAGUACAGCAUCCUCAAGCCGGUCACAGUCGACUGCCCAAGCAGACAGCAUUCUUCAUGACACACCGUCCCGACCGCAGACUGCAAUCUACUCCCCACACCGACGCGCUUCGGAUCAUGGGCGAUUCAUGCAACAAGGCCACAAUCAGUCCGCUUCCCCCUUCGGUCCUUUGCCAUUCAAGCAGGACUUCCGCAGAAUAUCGGACUCGACGGUUUUCCAGUCGAGUCCAAACCAAAAGGCCGCUAGCAUUAGACAUGCGGCUGUGUCUGCACUAUCGACGAUGGAGCUUUUAUGUGGUCAAGCUUCUGUCCCUUGGGUCGACGGAAUGCUUCUUGUUGGUUGCUUAGCAUAUGGCUUGGCAAAUUACGAUAAGGCUCUUAAAUGGUACCAACUUAUUCUUGCCCAGGACGGAGAGCAUGUCGAGGCCAUGUCAAAUCUGGCUGCUACACUUUUUGCACUCAAUAGGCGAGACGAAGCCCUGCAGUAUUGGUCAGCCGCCGUCACACUUCGUCCUAGCUAUUUCGAAGCUGUGGAGCAUUUGAUCGGUCUUCUUUGCUCGACGCGACGAGCGAAGGAGGCUGUAGAUCUUAUCGAGUUUGUGGAGAGUUCACUCAAAAUCAAGCCUGAUGAGGGACCCUUCGGAGAGCCAGCAAGCGAUGCAGACAGUGAUGCCAAGAGCCACGCCUCAGGCGCCACCGCCAGCACUCUGCCAUCGGUCGACUCGGCUCAGUACGACUAUGAUUCGGAUCUGACCGAUACAUUGCUGAGAGAGCCGUCUGCGCCAGGCUAUGGCAGCAGUGGCUAUGCGAUUGCAGGGUCAGAGAACGGACGAAUGCUAGCGUUGAUUCACGCUAAAGGGAACAUGCUUUAUGCGCUUGGCAAGAAUAGUGCUGCCGCUGGCGCCUUCGAGGACGCUAUAUUGAUUGCGACUGGGCAGCGUAAAGCUGGCAUCAAAGGACUCAUUCGGAAGAUCCUGCGCGCUUGCCUCCGAGGAGUGGUCGACAGCUAUGAGCUCCAAGCGAAGCUGGAUAGCCGACAUCCAGUUCUACUAGCUCCCACCCAGGCUGAGGCUACAGCACGCAGCAUGUUUCCUGCCUCUGGUCAGCUUCCAGGACUUGAAUUUGUGGUGCAAGGAAUUGCAUUAAAGGCUGCUGUGUCGACGACCAGCAACUCGUUGCUGUCGCUGGCCAAAAUCUACCAGGAUGCGAUGUCCAGCGCGACAGAAGUCGGUUCGCUCCGAACGACCAGCACCCGUGAUAUCCUGGCUCUUUACUACCUCUCACUUUCCUUACAGCGCAGCCCAUCUACCGCCAAUAAUGUGGGUAUUCUGCUCGCUGGUGUGCAGAACAGCGUACAUGCGCCGAAACUGAGUGAGUUGCCUAAUAGCAAUAUUUGCAGCGUUCCAGGCGUGGUUCCUGGUAGUGGCGUGAGCCUCGCACUGUUGUACUACAACUACGGCCUCAAUCUGGACCCGAAGCACGCCCAUUUAUACACCAAUCUUGGCAGCUUGCUCAAAGACAUUGGGCAGCUGGGUGCUGCCAUUAAGAUGUACGAGAAUGCAGUCAGCUGUGAUCCGACUUUCGAUAUAGCCCUCGCCAAUCUUGCCAACGCUGUCAAGGAUCAAGGUCGUGUAUCGGAUGCAAUUUCCUAUUACAAGCGUGCUGUGCAAGCCAACCCGGGGUUUGCAGAGGCUGUGUGUGGCCUAGCAACGGCUCUUAAUUCGGUUUGCAGUUGGCAUGGCCGUGGCGGCAUAUAUGCCGAAAACGGCCAACGCGAUCGCAUUCAUGUCAAUGACAGUGGCUACCUGCAUGAAGCGACCAAGGGCUACGGCUGGAUGAAUCGAGUGGUUGAGAUUGUUGAAAAGCAGCUCAAGGAAGGCGAGACGUGGGGUGUUUCUACACUCAAUCCAACCGUGAUUAACGAUCUCUGUCGCCAACUGACGGCACAUCUUAAUUUCUCCGCAACGUCGAGCGACGGCACCCUCGAUGGUGUGCUGAGAGAAGCUCUAGAAUCAUGGUGUGGCAAAGCCUGGGAAGGCUCCCGAGUUGUUCGACUGGUCGAACGGGCAAUUCGCCGCAUUGGCUGGCAGUGGUAUCAGGACCGCUACAAGCAGGGUAAAGAGUAUCCUCAACAACGCUACGCCCGACCCUUACUCCCGUCGACGCUCUCAUCGCCCUCGGCGCCAACAGUGCUACCAUUUCACACCUUCACAACACCACUGUCCGCCAAAUCUGUCCGCCAGAUCUCUCAGCGCAAUGCCUUACGCAUCUCCGUCUCCACGCUUCGUUCUGCUUGGCUACCCCCGACAGUCUUCCCACCGCCGCCACCUCCACGACCACACCUCGUUGUCGGCUACGUGUCCUCAGACUUCAACAAUCACCCUCUCGCACACCUCAUGCAAUCCAUCUUCGGCUAUCACGACCCCACUCGAGUCCACGCAAUAUGCUACGCCACUACACCGUCCGACCAGAGCAUACACCGACAGCAAAUUGAGCGUGAAGUUCCUGUGUUCCACGACGCCUCCUCUUGGUCUGUCGAGCGUCUUGUCAAGCAGAUCGUUUCGGACCAUGUGCAUAUUUUGAUAAACCUAAACGGUUACACACGUGGCGCUCGCAACGAAGUUUUCGCUGCCCGCCCUGCACCGAUUCAGAUGUCCUUCAUGGGAUUCGCGGGCACUCUCGGAGCUGAAUGGUGCGACUUCGUUCUGGCAGACGAGAUCUCCGUGCCACAUUCCACGCUUUCGCCAUGGCGCCGCAACGUCGAGAUCGUAGAUCGACUCCGUCCGGACGCCCUUUGUGAAGACGGUGACGACUGGGUGUACGCAGAGAAUGUGAUUUUUGCAAAGGACACGUUUUUCUGCGUCGACCACAAGCAGUCUGCACCAGACGCGGACCAAGGACCUCCACGGGCAGACCGCACGCAGGAGGAGAAAGACGCGGCGUGGCGUGAAGAGCAGCGAAAACGGUGGAAGCUGCGCAAGGAGCUCUUCCCCACACUGAGCGACAGCGCCGUGAUUCUGGGCAACUUCAAUCAGCUGUACAAGAUCGACCCCAGCACAUUCCGCAUGUAUCUGCGCAUCCUAGCGGCGGUGCCGAACGCCGUGUUGUGGCUCCUGCGCUUCCCCGACUUGGGCGAGCAGAACUUGUUGGGUUAUGCGCAGGAGUGGGCUGGGCAUGACAUCUGGAGUCGCGUGGUGUUUACCGACGUGGCAGCCAAGGGCAUGCAUAUUACACGAGCAUCGGUUGUGGAUGUCUUUCUGGACACUCCGGAAUGCAACGCGCACACGACCGCGGCGGACGUGGUGUGGAGUGGCACGCCGAUUGUGACGUGGGGCCGCUGGGGAUACAAGAUGUGCAGCAGAAUGGCUGGUAGCAUCGUCUGUAGUGCGCUGCCUGACACCGAGGACGGGAGGAGGGCACGCGAGGAGCUCGUGUUGGAAGGCGUCAAGGGCGAGGCCGAGUAUGUCCAACGGGCGGUGAAGUUGGCCUCGGGCCUGCGAUAUGAUCAUGCAGGCAAGGGAACCACAGAAGAGGGAGAAGUUAAUGAAGAGGGGAUGGGUAAGGGCAGACUCAUGGAGAUCCGGCGCAUGCUCUGGGAAGGACGGUGGGAGAGUCGUCUGUUCGACACUCGUCGAUGGGUCAAAGAUCUGGAGCGGGCGUACUGGCUUGCUUGGCGCAAGUGGGAGCGCGGCGAGGGUGGUGAUAUUUGGUUGUGA